AGCCGUACUACGGGCAGAGUGGGAUAGCACUGGAGCAGGGUGGUUAGCUUCAAACCCGCAAAUUGAGUGCUAUGGCAGGUCUGCUCUCUUUCGUCGUGACGAACAUACUGUAGAAAAGAAAACGAUGUGACCUAUAUAAGGAUAUUGUCCGAACAACAGCCACAUGGAAUGCAGAGCACUUGACGUGAAACGGAGAUUCUAACACCACAGACGAUUAAAAAAAAGACGCGGCUGUCUCCGACUUCACUCCACCAUUUUGGUUGUCAGUGAUGGAGCACAUCCGGACGCCCAAGGUGGAAAAUGUGCGUCUCCUGGACCGGUCGAAGGGCCAGAGAAAGGCCAGUGUUGGGACGUUCUACCUUUCAGCUACACAUUCAAUGUUUAUUGAGAACAACACUGAGACACGCAAGGAGACAUGGCUCUUACACAGCAUGAUAAGCAGUGUGGAGAAGUUGCCCACCACACCCACUGGCAGUCAGCUGAUCUUACGCUGCAAAGAUUUCAGGGUCAUCCAGCUUCUCAUGCAACAGGAAAAAGAUUGUUUUGAUGUCCACGCCUCAUUAUUGAGGUUGUCACGACCAGAGAAGUACAGUGAGCUGUACUGUCUGUCCUUCAAUCCCAACAUUAACAAGGAAGAGAGGCAAGAGUCAUGGAGCUUCAUAGACCUCAUGGCCGACUACAAAAGAAUGGGAGUUCCAAAUAACCUCUGGGUUGUUUCAGCAGCAAACAGUGAAUACAGGAUAUGUGAAACGUAUCCUUCCGAGCUAUUUAUUCCAAAGUCAGCCUCACCUACCGUCAUUUUGGGCAGCUCAAGGUUCAGGAGCCGAGGACGAUUUCCUGCUCUCUCUUACUUUCACCAGGACACACUGGCUGCAGUGUGCAGGUGUAGUCAGCCACUGUCGGGCUUCAGUGGACGUUGUCAGGAGGAUGAGGCCAUGUUGCAAGCUGUGAUGAAAUCCAACCCCGGAAGCGCCUAUAUUUAUGUGGUCGAUACGAGGCCCAAGGUAACACGCUUAAGACUCACCUCUCACACAUCGAGUUAUAAUAUUCUCCAUGUCCACUGCUCUUUACGAAUGUGUGUCCAGCUGAAUGCCAUGGCAAACAGAGCCGCUGGUAAAGGCUAUGAGAAUGAGGACCACUACACUAACAUCAAACUGCACUUCAUUGGCAUCGAAAACAUUCACGUGAUGAGGAACAGCCAACAAAAAAUUCUUGACAUGGGUGAAAUGCGAUCUCCUUCGAUGACUGACUUCCUUUGGGGUCUGGAAAACUCUGGUUGGCUGAAACAUAUCAAAGCUAUUCUAGAUGCUGGAGUCUUCAUUGCCAGGGCGGUGGCUGAUGAAGGGGUCAGUGUAUUGGUACACUGUUCCGAUGGCUGGGAUAGGACAGCUCAGGCCUGUUCUAUAGCCAGCGUACUGUUGGACCCAUUUUAUCGAACAAUCAAAGGAAUGAUGUUGCUGAUAGAAAGAGACUGGGUUUCGUUUGGUCACAAGUUCUCCCACAGGUAUGCCCACUUGGACGGCGAUCCCAAAGAAGUGUCCCCCGUUAUUGAUCAGUUCUUGGAAUGUGUGUGGCAGCUGUCUCAACAGUUUCCAUGCGCCUUUGAGUUUAACGAGUGCUUCCUCAUUGCUAUCCACACACACGUCUACUCCUGCCGGUAUGGCACCUUCCUGGGCAACUGUCAGAAGGAACGCAAUGAUAUGAGGCUUCAGGAGCGCAGUCAUUCUGUGUGGCCCCAGCUGUGGAAGGACAGAGCAGACUUUACCAAUCCACUGUACAAGGCUGAACUGAGUCCGUGUCGGGCUGUACUGAGACCUAACACCACCCCUUACUGUUUUAAAAUGUGGAAGGGACUCUACAAUCAUGUGGAGCGGUCGACGCCUCCUUGCCAGUCAACAGCCGACUUUCUCUCCGCUAUGAGGGAGGAGUCCCAGCAGCUGGAGGAGGAGCUGACCAAUCACCAGGAGAGAAUAUCUGCACUAACAGGGAAACCAAUAAUGUGGGAGAAAGUCAUGGUUAAAAGGAGGACUUGGCACAUCCAGAGACACUCUGGACCGGACCCACCCAGCCCAUACACAAUUCCAGUUACCAGCCCCGCACAGGACCACAGGACCUUUGGACCAGCCAACCAAAAUGCUACGGUGAAGGACCCCCGUCUCACCACAUCUGGAGACCAGCCCAUGCAGGUCAAACCCCUCAACACAGAUGAUAUCUUCAGCGACCUGGAGUCAGGCGUGGCUGGACUCAGCAGUCGGUCAUCCAGUGCUGGGGAGGAGGCCAAGGACCGGGAGACGGACGAGAUAGCCUUCACUACUGCCUGACUCAAUACUUAAUUGGAGUUGAAGAAGACCGCUAAAAUGUUAGCAUUGUUUUAUCUGAAUUUUUUGGUGUCUUUCUGGUGUUUUAUUGUUUUGUCAUACUUAAGAUGUGAAAGCCCAUAUUUGAAAUCAAGAAUACUUGAGUGAUAAUUUGCUGGCAUUUGUAUUUAAAAAAAAAAAAAAAGCACUUUCGUGACGGGGCCGUGAUUUAAU